UUCAUCGAAAGGUGUUCCUGACUGAAAGCAAAAUCUACACGGAACAAAGGUAGCUGAUAUUUAUUUCCACUGCGAUGUCUGGUGAAUGGUUUAAAAAGUGCGGGUAUAUUGCCAUACGUUGAAAAUCUUCGGCCGUGAUAACAUCUUCCACAGUUUCGCAUUAAAUACAAAUCAUUCUUUGAACAUACAGAGGCAGUUAUAGGCAAUCAACCUAAACUUAAUUCAACAAGAAAAUGAUUGUCAAUGAAUUCAAAGGAUUUAAGUUUCUAUGUGUCGCGUGCAUAUUUAUACCAAACGUUAUUGCAGCGCCAAAUACGGAACGAACUCCCAGAGGAGAGGAUGUGGCCUUUCCAGGACGUGACACUGCAGCGCCGGAGCCAGGCCCUUUUUGGAUCACUGCCAAGCAGCAAUGGGGAUGGCUAUGGAAGCUUCACUGGAUAGGACUGGGUCUGGCUUUUGCCCUUUUAGCAUUGAAGUCCUUGUGGGCAGUAAUACGCUCUCCCGAAAUUAUCAAUAAUUUUGCAGGAAUGAAUCUUUUCUACUCAAUCAACUUGCUUCUUAUAGCAUUAGGAACUACAAGAAGUUUGUAUCUGUGGAUUGACCCGUACGAAUCGGAGGAAAACAUUCCUAACUGCCCAUUGUGGGUUGUGAGACCCCUCUUUGGUAUCGCCUUUCCUUGCCUCAUGUCUGCAUUUUGCCUUGUGCACGUUGCUUUCUUGGAGGUUGCGAAGAUUCAGGUUGGCUCACCGAAACUCAAAAAUCCCCUUUUCGUGGGAUGUAUAAUUUUUGUGCAUUUUGCUGUGGUCCUUGUGUCAGAUACGACCACUGCAAUCAAAGCAGACAGAACAGAACUUUUGAUUGUUUGUCAAUCAUUCUUCAUCGUAUGGGGGCUUCUUAAUUCCAUCUGCUUCAUGUACAGUGGAUCAAGAGUUGUCAUAACAACUAUCAAUAUUCGAAACAAAAUCUGCGAAAUGGAAAACGCUGAGUGGCGCCAACUGACCCGGCUUCCUCAGACCACCGUUGAUCCUUGGCCACCGGGAAAGGACCAUGGGGGUCAUAAUGAAGAAGCUCCCAAGCGACAGAACCAACCUGGGACCGAUCUGGGUAACGGUGAUCCAAAUUCAGCUUUCACGAUCGAGCCUCCUAGGCCCCCCAGUGACCAUGGGGCUGCAGUUCAAUCCAUCAAGCCCUUAAGAUUGUCAGUCCAUGUGCCCAUCCUCGCUAGGAACCAAAGAAGUCCAAAUACUACUUUUCCUCUGACAGGAAAAGAGCGUGCGGUUAAAAAAGUCGCCAGUAUCACCAUGAUAACCAGCAUUCUAAGCAUUUUGUGCUGUGGACUUCAGGCGUAUUCUUUAUUUGGUGUUCAUGGGGCAUAUACCCGGACUGUAACCCCCAAGCCAUGGCCCUGGUUUGCAUUUGAGACGUCGUUUAGGCUCAUAGAACUUGCCAUGGGAUUCAUGUUAUCUUACUGUGUUCUUCAUCCAUAUGUUGGUCGGAGGAAACGUAGUUUCACAAACAUUUUGUGUCCUAAGAGGAAAGGAAAGACUGCAACUCCACGCAUAGUCAUCACACCAAUCAAUGGCCGGAGAGACGGUGAUUUUUCCUGAAGGCAACCGUUUCAGUUUUUUAAUCUAUAAUUUUAUGAAACUAGAAUUAAAUCAAUCAGACGAACCCCAUCAAGCUUAGUAGAUCCUCCUUCAAUGUUAUAUUUGUCGGACGUGUUGAGGUAAAAAAUAUAUUUCGCCAUACAAAACAGUAAACCAUUGUAAAUGUUAGAAUUAAAAUGAAUGCUUACUAUUCCUUCAA